AUGUCGCAUUUCCUCAGUUUGUGCCUGCUGUGGCUGGGGUUCCUACUGGUUCCGUUCUCCCGUGAGUUGAACCAAGACGUGGGCUUACGCAGGAAGCUGUGUGGCAGGCACCUGCUGAGAGAAAUACUAGAACUCUGUGGCCACACCAACUGGAGCCACUUCCAUUUUGAGGGAACCCCUUUGGCAGAGUUGAUUUCCGAAGCUUCGCAGAAGGUUGAAGCCUUAAGCACUGAUGACUUGGAAAGCCCCCAAACCCCUUUACCGGUUUGGGAAACAGUCACAAAUCCAGCCUCUACUUCUACCUCUCAAGAAGAAGUAACAAACAAUUGGGAGAUUCAGUCACAGCCUGUGUAUCAGUAUACAAAGAUUGGCUUGUUCCCUGAUAAGACAACAGAAAUUUCCUCAUCACAUGAUGUCAACCCAUCUGUUCAGUCUGUUCAUAAGAGUAUGAAAUUUCAGAAGAAAAGUGGAAGCAAAAUGAAAGCCUUAAGCAAUUUAUUUUGGGGAACUCAUCCCCAAAGAAAACGCAGAGGAUACUCAGAUAAAUGUUGUCUUAAAGGAUGUACAAAAGAAGAACUUGGCAUUGCAUGCCUUCCAUAUAUUCAUUUUUAA